GAAUCGGAGAUUCUGGAGUACAUUAAUGCAGCACAAUUGCCUCCCUUCUUGUUGGAUCUGUUGGAGAAAGCUCAGAUGAAUGUGUUCUACAGUGGCUGUGUUGUAGUUGAGAUUCGAGAUUACCGUCGCUCGGCAACAGGGUCACAUGAUACUCAGUAUGUUUUAUUGCGACCAUCGCCACAGUCGCUGCUGCGUGAUGUAACAGCCAUGAGCUGUGAUGGCCACAGCUGGUCGCAGGACGACUUGCUGCACUUGGAGAGCGAGCUGAUCCUGGCAACGGAAGAGCCCCUUUGUUUAGAUCCCUCGCCUGCUGUUAUGUUCAUUGAGAAUGCUAUCCAGUACGAGGAGAAGUUCUUGAAUGAUCCAGCAUUGCAGAGAUCUGUGAAGCGCUACACACAGAUAGCUUUAAACCGGAAGCGCAAACUGGCGCAGGCUCCAGCUCCGAAAGGCAUGCAUCUGUUUGACUUCCUGGCCAAGAAGAAAGAAAAAUCCAAAGCUCCUGCAUCUACAGGUCUCAGCAAAGCCAGGCUGAUUAUAGAUAACUUCAAGGUGAAGACGCAACCACAGCUGACCAUGCCGGAAUCCAUUGAUGUGAAAAAGUUCACAAAACUACCUGAAGUCCCACCAUCAGAUGGAAUGAUCUUUGUUGAAGAGCACACCAUUGAGAGGGACCCAAUGCUGGAGCGGCACAUGCUGGCCAAGAUCACCAUCUAUCAGCCGCAGCUGGGGGACCACUACUUUGGGGAGUUCUAUCUGGACCAUGACUACACACAGGGGAGAACUGGGGAAGAGGGGCGAAGAUGCAGGUUUGUGAUCGGAUCCAGACAGUGUGUAGAUAGAUAUUUACAACAGUUCAAGGAUUUAUUCACAGAAGAGGGAAAACUGCAAGUAAAGAUAGCAGUUCUGAAGGCAAAUGAGCCGGCUCCGACAAUAUACUAUACUCAGGCUGUGACUGCUGCGGGAGCAACAGCAACUACAAUCACCAUCAACAAUGCACAGGCCUUGAUGAAACAGGUAGCUUCCAAUCAACAGCAGGUCAAGGCGGCCGAGAUGGGAACAGUGGCCAAUUUGGCGGCCAAGAGAAAUAUUCCAAUACAACUCUCCCUGGCAAUUAAUCCUGCAAUGUGCUUGUCCAGCUCUCAAGGAAUCCUUGCUCAGGCUAACAGUGUGGGGGCUCCUUCAUCUUUGUCAGCCCAGUUCAUUGCCUCUACGGUGCCCUCCAGCUCCAUUAUGGCAGCCCAGAGAAUCAAGACACCUGCUUUAGUGUCAGCUCAGCACAGGCCUAGUUCUUCUCCCCUUGCCAGCCCAGCAGGAACACCAAAGGCAACUACUCCUCAACAGCUGAGUAUACCAACAUCCGCAUCCCUCAUUGCACUUCCUAAAGCUCCCACCCCGACACCAGUUCAGACUCCACCCCCCAGUGCCCGUACACCCACACCCACGUCUGCUCUGUCCCGGAGGUCUUCGGCCACAGAACUGACUUUGCCAGCAGCAUCAGUCGGACAGCAGCAGCAGAAUAUCACAGGUUUCUUGCAAGGUGACAAUCAGGGUCAGAUCCAGCAGAACCAAUCAGGCAAUAUAACCAAUAUCAGUAUUGGGAACCUGGGCAGCCUGCCGCCAAACAUCAACAUCCAGGGCUUAAGUGGGAUACCUGGCGUUAACAUCACCAACUUGUCGGGCCUACAGCAGAUGCAGAUAGCGGUUCCAGUACCGAUAACUAUGAUCAGCAAUAAUGCAUCUUUGUUACAGGCGCAGUCAGGACUAUUGGCCACCGCAUCCACAACAUCUGGAAGCAACGCUACAACCUUUGUCACUAUGGUUACAGCACUGCAGGCAGCCUCAUCAAACACUGCCACCAGCACAAGCGCUUCUGUGGCAUCGUCCACAGGUCAGUCCUCCAGCACCACGACAGUUCUCCCCCAAGGAUCAGGCAUGCUGUCCUUUGGACUGGGUAGUCUGACCCAGCUGAUGCCAGUCUCGUCCAAGACGCAGGGAGGUGCAACCAUCAGGGGGUCUACUGCCAUGCCGCUUCUCCAGCUACAAGGUCAACAGGGUCCAAUACAGCUUCUGAGCGUCCAGCAACAGAGGGGUCAGAUCAGGUCAGGCUCUUUAUCUGCCACGUCGGCCGGACAACAGGGAGUGACCAGAAUAGCCCAGGGGACCACAUCGGCUGUACCCCUCUCUACAGUACUGACAAGCCAGCAGAUGACUGCCCUGGGGGUUGGGGGCAAGCCAGGACAGAGCACAGGAACAGCAAUCACCGCUCAACAGCUGAUACAGCUGGGUCAAGCAUCAUCACAGCUGGGCACUCACGUGACCUUCCAGAAGGGGCCCGGUGGGGGCCAGCAGACGCUACAGUUCCAUUCCCUGCAGCUGAAGCCAGGGGGCAGCACUCUCACGCAGAUGCAGGGAAGUGGGAAGAGUAAGAGCAAGAAAAGAACAACUCCGACACCUCCAAAGUGA